UUCUCGCGCCAAAUUCAGCACGUGAACACAACAAAGCGCAGUGACUGAUCAACCUGUUGACAGAACUUACAAUCAUGGCAGGUUUUGAUGAUGCUGGAAUAUUUUACAGUGAUAACUUCGGUUCAGAAGAUCAACCAGAUGAAGGCCAAAUCAACAGGACGCAAGUGAAGAAACGAUUUAAGGAUUUCAUCCGACAGUUUCAUGAGGGCAACUUCUCCUAUCGUUACCGAGACCAGCUGAAGAGACAUUACAACCUUAAGCAUUACUGGCUGGACAUUGACUUGGACGAUGUUCGUAGUUUUGACGAGACUCUUGGUGAUAAACUUCUCAAGCAGCCUUCUGAACAUCUUCCUUUGUUUGAGGAUGCUGCCAAGGAGGUCGCCGAUGAGGUGACCCGACCCCGACCUGAGGGAGAAGAGGAGGUCGAGGAUAUUCAGGUCAUGCUGACGUCCUCUGCAAACCCAUGCUCAGUGCGAGAACUCAAGUCGGAACAAGUGUCCUCGCUGGUGAAGAUUCCUGGGAUUGUUAUUGCUGCCUCGACGAUCAGGGCCAAGGCAAUUCGACUGGCGAUACAAUGUCGUGGUUGCAGCAACGUCAUGAACAACAUUGCAGUUAAACCUGGCCUGGAGGGAUAUGCUUUGCCGAGAAAGUGCAACACUGACCAGGCAGGGCGGCCGAAGUGUCCGAUCGACCCGUUCUUCAUCAUCCCAGACAAGUGUCGUUGUGUGGACUUCCAGGUGUUGAAGCUGCAGGAGACGCCAGAAGCUGUACCUAACGGUGAAAUGCCCCGCCAUCUGCAGCUGUACUGUGACAGGUAUCUCUGUGAUCGUAUCGUCCCUGGCAACAGGGUAACAGUGAUGGGGGUCUACUCUAUCAAGAAGAGUUUUAAACCAGCAAAGGGUGGCGCCAGAGAUAAGGUGAAUGUUGGAAUACGGAUGCCAUAUUUCCGUGUAGUGGGCAUCCAGGUGGACACGGAUGGAGCGGGUCGGACCGCACUCAACCCACUCACCCCUCAGGAAGAGGAGGAACUCCGCAGGCUCACCAAGACCCCCAACAUCUUCGAGACCAUUGCCAAGAGCAUAGCGCCAUCCAUCUGGGGCAGUGCAGACAUCAAGAAGGCUAUUGCGUGUCUACUGUUUGGAGGUUCCAGGAAGAAGCUGCCGGACGGCUUGACCCGGAGAGGGGACAUCAACUUGCUGAUGCUGGGCGACCCAGGAACAGCCAAAAGUCAGCUGCUCAAGUUCGUAGAGAGAGUGUCGCCCAUUGCUGUGUACACAUCUGGGAAAGGCAGCAGUGCAGCCGGACUCACAGCCUCGGUUUUGAGAGACCCACAGACUAAAAACUUUGUAAUGGAAGGAGGAGCGAUGGUGUUGGCUGAUGGGGGUGUGGUGUGUAUCGAUGAGUUUGACAAGAUGAGGGAGGACGAUCGAGUUGCCAUCCACGAGGCCAUGGAACAACAGACCAUCUCCAUAGCCAAGGCUGGGAUCACAACAACCCUCAACUCCCGGUGUUCCGUGUUGGCUGCUGCUAACAGCCUGUUCGGAAGGUGGGAUGACACUAAGGGCGCUGACAACAUCGACUUCAUGCCUACCAUCUUGUCCAGGUUCGAUAUGAUCUUCGUCGUGAAAGACGAGCACGACGAGAGGAGAGAUAUGACACUGGCCAAGCAUGUGAUGAACGUGCAUCUGAACUCGCUACAGUCCGCGGAAGAACUGAAUGAUGGAGAGAUUGAUCUCAACACCCUGAAGAAGUUGAUAUCAUUUGUUAGAACCAAAUGUGGACCCCGUCUUUCUCCGGAGGCUGCCGAGAAACUGAAGAACCGCUAUGUUCUGAUGAGGAAUGGUGCCCAAGAGUAUGAGAGGGAGACUGGAAAGAAAGUCAGCAUCCCCAUCACUGUCAGGCAGCUUGAGGCCAUCAUCAGAAUCUCUGAGAGCCUGGCCAAGAUGAGGAUGGAAGCUUUCGCAACUGAGGCGGAUGUGGAUGAGGCUCUGCGGCUGUUCCAGGUGUCCACUCUGGACGCCGCCAACUCCGGCAACCUCGCAGGAGCUGAAGGCUUCACCACAGAGGAGGACCAGGAGCUGCUGAGUCGGAUUGAGAAGCAGAUGAAGAGACGCUUCAUCAUCGGAUCCCAGGUGUCGGAACACGCAAUCAUACAAGACUUCACCAGACAGAAAUACCCGGAGAGAGCGAUACAGAAAGUUGUGUAUCUGAUGUUGAGGCGUGGAGAGAUUCAGCAUCGCAUGCAGCGCAAGAUGUUGUACCGAGUCAAGUAGUGCCGUCUUGAGGGGGUACCGCAUAGGAUGAGAACUUGUUUCCAUGGAGAUGUAGUCGUUUCAGGGAUUUUCAUAAACUGCUCAGGGGCAUAUUCAGCCUGCAGCAAAUGUCCGAAAUGUUCCGAAAUUGGAAUGACAAAUUUCCCUGAUGGCUUUGUAUCUUGUGUUUGUUUCACUGACAAAUUUGAACAAAGUAACAAAUCCCUGCUCUUGUAUGUGCUGUGUUGGGGAGACGAUUGGAGAUUUUUCAUUGUGUACAGAUGUAAAUGAGAUAUUGUACGAGGGAACUUUCACCCCAUCGGUACAUGUACAGAAUAUGUUGUCUGCUGUUGGUGCCUAUUGUAAAGUGUUCAGCUGUUUCAUUAAGUGAUGAUUGAGAAUUGGCUGCAUUCAACAUGUCCAAUAGAGUGCUUUGUAUUGUAAAUACGUAUUAAAUUUUGUUUCUUGUCA